AGUCGAUACGGAGUUGGCAGAUCCAACCAAAGCAGCUCACGAUUUUGCACAGGAAAUUCUCGGACACAUUCCCACUCGGAUGUGCAAUAUGACUUUGGAAGAAACAAGUGGAGACAGCUCUUCAGAAAGAUCAAACUUCUUCCCAUGCAGGAUGGAGUCAGCGGCAAAAGCAUUGGAGGAAGUCCUCAGCUCUGCAUUACCUCAAGGUUGCAUUACUGUCGGAGUCUACGAGGCAGCAAAGUCCCUUAAUGCGGAUCCAGACAACGUGGUUUUGUGUCUGCUGGCCACAGAUGAGGAGCAUGAAGAGGAUGUAGCUCUUCAGAUCCAUUUCACCUUAAUUCAGGCAUUCUGCUGUGAAAACGACAUCAACAUCCUGCGUGUGAGCAACAUGAGGCGCCUAGCAGAGAUUCUCGGUGGAGUGAAACCUGGAGGGGAGCCCAUGGACCUACAUUGUGUUCUGGUUACUAACCCUCAGUCAUCAUUGGGGAAGGACCCUGCACUCAGCAAAGUCAACAGAUUCUGCAAAGACAGUCGGUGUUUGGAUCAGUGGGUGCCAGUAAUUAACCUGCCUGAUCGGUGAUGCAACAUGGAUUUUUAAUGUUUUAUUUGCAUUGAGAGAAAAACUGCACUACACCUGUGUAAUGUCUCAGUUGGACUUCCUUGGGGAUUUUCUGCAGAGAAAAAUAAAGGACAGAUGGGAGGGGCAGAGAAAGAAGAUAAGGAAAAGAAACGGUCCAACAAACUUGCCAGGUCAGAAUGGAUUUUCGGGCCAAGGAAGAAUGACUCAGCAAUAUGAGUUACAGGAUUUCAAGGGUAUGACUGUGUCGUUCUCUACCAAGGGAAAAAAAAAAGCCUUUACAGGAAACUGAAUCAUGUGAGCAGCCAGACGCACGUGGUGGUGAGCUCAAGCAUAAGAUCAGGAAUGCAGACAGAGAGCCUCAGUUGACAGCUUCCAAGAACUGGGCUACGCUAGAAUGGACCAGCUUGGGCUUUGAGCCUGAAGAAAUCUUCCUGGAAAUUGGACCAAAUCUAAAGUUUUUUUUUUCUUAUCGAGUAAAUUAAUUUAACAGAUUGAAAAAUUUUUUAAGGGCUGUCAUUUUGGUCACCCAAAAGGGAAGUGUGAACAGGAUGUUUUAUGGGCAAAGUGAUGUACCAACUUGUCCACAAAUCUGUUUUAAGUUUUUUAUAUUAAUUUAAUUCAUUGUAUUUAUUUUGCAAAGUACAUUAAAUGUUACCUUGUGCAUAGGAUAAAUUGAAAUAAA